GUCCUUGAUGAGGAAGAAGGGAGUUCAACAGCAGGGGGGAAAUAGCCAAGAUGCCUGACAAAGUACUGGAGAGGAAAUCUAAAAUCUCAGCUUCUCGCAAGCUCAUGCUGAAGAGCUUGAUGGUCGCCAAGGCCAAGGAAGAGCUGGAGCAGGAGAUGGAAGAAAAAGAGGAACAGAAGGCAAAGUACCUGAAAGAAAAAUCACCUCCUAUACAAACCAGUGGCAUAUUGUUAGCAGAGCUACAGACAUUAUGCAAAGAGCUGCAUGCCAAAAUAGACGUGGUGGACGAAGAGCGGUAUGAUAUUGAAGCCAAAGUCUUGCACAACACCAGAGAGAUCAAAGACCUAAACAUCAAGGUACUGGACCUGCGAGGGAAGUUUAAGAAACCCAACCUGAGAAGGGUGAGGGUCUCUGCUGAUGCCAUCCUGCGCUCCGUACUGGGCUCCAAACAUAAGGUCUCUAUGGACCUGCGAGCUAAUCUUAAAUCGGUCAAGAAGGAGGACACAGAAAAGGAGAAGACGGUGGAGGUGAGUGACUGGAGGAAGAAUGUGGAAGCCAUGUCGGGCAUGGAGGGCCGCAAGAAGAUGUUUGAUGCAGCAAAAGGCCAAAACCAGUAGAGAAACAGCUGGCUUUCAUCUUACGUCAAAUACCAUUACUUGCAAACCAAAGAGUGCAGAACACAGCUUAAUCUCAGAAGGAGCACUUCACAGGGUCACAGAGAAUAUUUUGCUAUUUUAUAUUCAAUACAUUUUCACGGUUUCAUUAUCACUGAAAUAAACACAG